GUGCAGGUACUACGCACACAAAUGGAAGACUAAGAGGCACUAAUGCACUAAGAGGAAUUAUUUGAAUAACAUAACCUUAUUGCAGCCAUCGUAAACGUCAGAUUGUCAAUAAGAAAGGAAAAAUAUCGGUGGAGCAGGAAGAUCUUGACAAUGCGUCACACCUCUAUCACAAUAAUAAUAAAUUAUUGCCGAGGAGAUUGAGAAACGAAUGAGGUUCUGUCCAGUUAAUCGGAUAAAAUGGAAAAAGAAAGGUUCACCAUGCUCCUCCUGGAGCCCGGCGAGAUAUUCUUCGAGGAUUACAGUGUCAGAAUGAAGCUGGAGGACGACUCAGACAAAGAGAGAAGCCAGUGGAUGGACGGUCGACUAAAGCUAUGCUCCAAGUCCCUGGUAUUUGUCAAUAAAGACAUCAACUGGCCGCUCCUGAAGCUGCAAUUCAAGGAGAUCGUGUCGGUCGAGAGUACAACUAUCAGAGAAAUAGGGAGUGUUCUGUCUGCUGUUUGCAAACAAUACACAGAGAUGUUGAAAGGAAAUAUACUGGAGCCUUACAAAUUUGUGCAUAAGAGUGCACGUUUCUACAUAUCGUUUAACUACGCCAAUCCUGAAGACUGUCUCCCUCAGAUUAUGCAAUUAUUGAGGGCUGCAACACUGCCUACUGCCGAACAUAAUGCGAUGAUAAUGACAAUAGUCCACUCGAGACAAUCUCGAUUUUCCUUCGAUACCUCUUGGCUCGAAGACUUGUACGAAGAAAUAAUUUUCGAAGUGCAGGCCAACAAAAUACAGCCACUGAUAGUCAACCCUGGAAGAGUAUUACUGACUAAUUCAAGAAUCUACUUCCAACCGUACAAUAACUUGGACCAACAUCCAGUUCUGAAGAUAAAUCUGAAAACAGUUAAAAGCGUUCUGAAACGUCGUUUCCUUCUGCGCCAAGUGGGGCUGGAGAUAAAGUGGCUGAAACUACCGGAAAGUAGAGUUGAAUGUUUGUUUCUAUCUGUGAAGAAUCAGGAGGAUCGCGAUAGAUUGUACGACAAUUUGAUGAGGCAGUCGGUUCUGCAAUUAGAGACUGUACCGCAGAAUCAGAUGACUAUUCAGUGGCAGAAUAGGGGCCUUUCGAAUUAUGAUUAUCUUUUGUAUGUUAAUAGUCUCGCAGAUCGCACUUUCCACGAUUUAACGCAAUAUCCAGUGAUGCCCUGGAUCCUCCAGGAUUACACGUCUCCGAAUCUAGACUUGAACGAUCCAAAAAACUAUAGGGAUCUCACGAAACCAAUUGGGGCACUGGAGCCUGACCGGUUAGAACGAUUAAAGGAAAGAUAUCAGGAAAUGUCACACAACAAAUUUCUGUACGGUUCCCACUACAGUGCCCCUGGCUUUGUAUUGUUUUAUUUAGUCCGGAAGUACCCUCAGUACAUGCUUUGCCUUCAAAACGGUCGAUUCGAUCAUCCUGAUCGGAUGUUCAACAAUGUGGCUGACGUCUGGAAAAAUGUAUUGGCGAAUAUGUCUGACUUUAAGGAGCUAGUGCCCGAGUUUUACGAUACCUCAAAUGGUGGGGAUUUUCUGGUGAACAAGUAUGGCAUUGAUUUUGGAUAUCGAUACAAUGGGGUGAAAGUUGGAGAUGUGCAGUUGCCACCGUGGGCUGAAGGGCCCGCCGACUUCGUACAAAAAUUGAGAAGUGCUCUAGAGAGUGAUUACGUAUCGCAGAACCUUCACCACUGGAUCGAUCUCAUAUUCGGAUAUAAGCAGAGAGGAGUAGAAGCCGAGAAGGCCGAUAAUGUGUUUUUCCAUUUAUGUUAUGAGGGAGCGGUGGAUCUAGACACAAUACAAGAUAUAAACGAUCGCCACGGUAUGGAAGUACAAAUUAUGGAAUUCGGGCAAAUUCCAAAGCAAGUUUUUACUCUGCCACAUCCGAGUCGAUUCGCCUCCGCUGCAAGUUUAUCCUGUGAUAUUCCGUUGAGCUGUCCAUUGAUCGUAUCCGGGGGACAACGGAUCAGUAAAGAGAGUUCGACAUUUGAGUUGAAACAAUCAGUGAUAUUCCCCUCCCACAAAGAGACGAUAUCCACGAUUAUUCAGAUGAAUGGGGAUGGAAGUGAUAUUGCUUCAGUCGGUCAUGAUGGGGUUCUGAAGAUAUAUUCCCUGACGAAUCAGAAAUUGACCAGAAGCAUUUCGCUUUCAAAUUUACCACUCUCUUCUUGUAUUUUCUAUCAAACGAAGAGUGGACAGAAUGUACUGGUCGUUGGCUCUUGGGACAAUAGUUUGAUUUUUUACGACGUAGAAUUUGGAAGAAUAAUCGACGUUCUCACUGGGCAUGAAGAUGCCGUUUCAAGUUUAGCGUGGAGUCCCUCCAGGAACAUUAUUGUUUCUGGAUCGUGGGACUGCACAAUUAAAAUUUGGCACAGCUAUGUUUCGGGGUUGAAGAUUAAGCUCCAGGAGAGCCUCAUUGCCCAAUUGGAUCAUGAAUCGAAAAUCACGUGUCUCAGCAUUUCGAGAGAUGAAAGAUUGCUGGCCUCUGGCACAGAAGACGGAGAGAUUUGCGUCUGGAAUAUGGAUUCUUAUGAUCUAGAGUUUUCUGUCAAAGGACACGGAGGGAAAGUAACUGCCACAACAUUCGAUUCAGAAUGUAAAAAUAUCAUUGCUUGUACAAACGAUAAGACAAUAAAUGUCUUCGAUGCCAAGACGAGCACUCGCAUAUACAGUACGUUGUUGGAGGAUGGACCAACGGUUCUCAGUUGGUCUGGCUCAAUUUUACUCGUUGGAGAUGACAAAGGCAAUGUCAAUCUGUGGGACUCUCAGGAAGCAACUUUUCUGGCGAAAACACUCUGUCAUGACGGGCCAUUGACAGCAAUAACAACCACCAUCGACAAUAAUAAAAUAAUAACUGGGGGUAACGAUAGGCGAAUAAUCGUGUGGAACUGUGAUUAGCAUUGGUAAUGGUUAAAUGUUCAUCGUAUUAAAUUUCAUAUUAUUGUUCCGAGGAAACUGAAGGAUAUCAACUUGAAAUUCUAAGGGUAACAUUGGUUGAAGAAAAUAAAACGUAUUAUUUUUUACACAA